UACGCGUGCGCAGACUGCGGGAAGCGGUACAGCACCUCCAGCAAUCUGGCGCGGCACCGGCAAACGCACCGAAGCGUCUGCGAUAAGAAGGCCAGAAAGUGCCCGCACUGCGAAAAGGUGUACGUCUCGAUGCCGGCGUUCAGCAUGCACGUCCGGACCCACAACCAAGGCUGCGAGUGCCCGCACUGCGGGAAGAAGUUCAGUCGCCCGUGGCUGCUGCAGGGUCACAUCCGAACGCACACGGGAGAGAAGCCGUUCGGGUGUCCUCAGUGCGGGAAGUCGUUCGCGGACAAGUCCAACCUUCGGGCCCACAUCCAGACGCACUCCACGGACAAGCCUUACGUCUGCGGUCGGUGCGGCAAGGCCUUUGCGUUGAAGAGCUACCUGUACAAGCACGAGGAGUCGUCCUGCAUGAGGGGACAGAGAUUUAGGGAAUAG